CACAGUUUCCUCAAGCAAAGAGACAUCUCAGGUACAGAAUUCGUACGAGUUACGGUAGCGGUAUCCCGAUCCAAACCGGAACAGUAAGAGUGCGGUACGUACGGUAGCAACAACAACGACACAACAAAAAGAAGCGACUGGAGUGAGAGCAUGAAAGAAACCCAAUCCAAUCCGACCCGACCCGACCCGAUCCAAUAAAAUCUGAUCUGAUCUGAUCGAAAUCUAAAUCUAAAUCUAAAUUAAUCGAAUCGAAUCGAAUCGAAUCGAGAAUCCAUGCAAUCCAGUCGAACAGUCCAAUUGAAUACAAUACGAAGUGCAACUAAAACUAACUCUUUGUCCAUUCCGUCGGAUCACACAACAUGCCACCGAAUUCACAGCAGCAAUCGAAUGCAAACGCGAUUUUCGACGAAAUGGUAGACAGCAGCGACGAAAACCAGGCCUACGCCACUAGCCACUCCUCCAAAACUGCAUCCGACUUUGACACGAGGAUCCACAGCAUGGGUUGCGAAACCUAUAACGGCAAAGGCAAUAUCAACGCUAACGCUAACGUUAACGUUAACGUUAACGAGACCAGAGACAGAGGCAGGCGAUCGACGAAACCGAGAAGAACCAAGGAAAGCGACGACCUUGAUCCCUCCGCCAUCAUAAAGAAGUACGAGAUCCAGUGCAGCAACAUGGGUAGCAGCGAUCAGAGAAUGCUGGGAAGUCACCACCAGUUACACCCUCAAUCACAGCAGCAGGCAGCACCAAACACCCAGGGACUCGUUGGAGAGGAGGAUGCUGACACAGACUCGACCACCUCCUCGUCGACCGCUGCCUCGGCAAUAGCAACGGCAACGUUGUCGGAAGCAGGAUCCCCCUUUGCCUCCGGGAUGGACGUCGACGAGAUGCUCUCGAGGGAACUCCUAAAGCUUUCCUUCCAAGAUCGCAUCGCCAAUGACGAGGAAAUCCACGGGGUACGCUGCCUUGCGCCCGAGGAGAACCCGAGGCUGCUGUCCCUGGCCCUCGCGAGCCUCGAGCGCGAGAUCGAGCGGAUCCCCUACAAGCCGGCCUACGACAAGGCUCAGGCCUACGCCCUGGUACCCCGCUUUGCCAAGACAUCCUACGUCAACACGGACGACUUUCGGCUCAGGUUUCUCCGCUGCGAGCUUUUCGACGUUCGCAAGGCGGCCGUCCGCCUCAUCGGCUACCUCGAGCUGAUGGUCGAGCUCUACGGCCUCUUUGCCCUGCAGCGGAGGGUCAAACUCCAGGAUUUUUCCAAGGAAGAGAUGCAGAUCCUUAGGUCGGGAGGCUUUCAGGUGUUUCCCUUUAGGGACCGGAGCGGUCGGCGGGUAAUGUGCACCGUGGGGAACAUGGGGAUGAUGUUCGAUCCGACCCUGCGGGUGAGUUUUGUUGCGUUGCGUUGCGUUGCGUUGUGUUGUGUUGUGUUGUGUUG